AUGUGCCUCAUAUGGCGGUGGCAAAAAAAGAAUUUUCUUAAGAAUGAUGUGAGAUAUUUUAAGCAUGCUUAUAAAAAUGUGGCGGAUUCGGCAUUCGAAGUUGCUGACUAUCCGUUAGAUUUGGAAAUGGUGGCCAUCACUGCCGCCAAAUUCUCCAGCACUUCGGUUCCUUUACUCCCUCCGAGAGAAAACUCUCUCCGAAUCUUCCAUCUACUCGCCGCCGGCGACCUCCCAAAGGCUGCCGCCACCCUUUUCUCCCUCUCAUCACCGGACUCCGCCGCCUACGCUGCUGUCCUGCAUGCCUGCUCUAGCCGCCGCCUCCUCCCCCUUGGCCGAUCACUCCAUCGCCAUCUGCUCCUCUCCCCCUCCCCCUCCAUCGACCUCUUCCUUUCAAACCACCUUAUUAACAUGUACUCCAAGUGCGGCCGCACCGAUCUUGCACGCCGCCAGUUCGACGAAAUGCCCCGCCGAAACCUCGUUUCCUGGACUGCUCUCCUCACGGGAUACUCUCAGGCCGGCCAACACCAGCAGUGCAUCCAGCUAUUUUCUUCCAUGCUUGUACAUUAUAGUCCAAAUGAUUACGGGAUAGUCGCGGUUCUCAGUUCCAGUGCAGGAGCGCGAGAUGGCCACCAUGGAAAACAGGUACACGCCCUUGUUUCCAAGAUUUCUUUGGAUGCCAAUGUUUUCGUUGGAAACUCCUUGAUCGCCAUGUAUUCCUCCUGCGAUGGGCUUGAGGAUGAUGGUUUUUUGGUAUUCAAGACAAUGUCUUUCAGGAAUCAUAUCACAUGGAAUUCGAUGAUUGCAGGGUUUCUGCAAGGCGGUAGAUCGCACCAAUCCCUCGAGCUUUUCGUUAGAAUGAGGCGAUGUAGUGUUGAAUUUGAUAGGGCAACUCUAAUAAGCGUCAUUUCCUCCUGUUCUAGCAUUCCUGAGUGCUGCCAGUUGCAUUCUCUUUGUAUCAAGAGUUCCUUUGUUUCAGAAGCAGAGGUUGCAACUGCUCUUGUGAAGGUCUAUGCUUCCCAUUCUGGUGAUUUCCAAGUCUGCUAUGAAGUAUUUUCGUCUGUUACCAAACAUGAUCUCAUGUCUUGGACUGGAAUUAUGACUGCUUGUUGUGAGCAAGAGCCGACAGAGGUUGUUUUUAUGUUUUGCCAGUUGCGGCGGGAGGGUUUCAAACCAGAUCGACAUGCCUUAUCUAUUGCAGUCAAGGCUUCUGCUGGCUUUGCAACUGAGAGGAAUUGUAUGGCCCUCCAUCUUCUCAUAAUAAAGUCAGGGUAUGGGAAUGACACAGUGCUUUGCAAUGCUCUAAUUCAUGCUUAUGCUCGAUGUGGUAACCAUAAAUUAGCUGUUUGCAUCUUUGAUCAAAUGGAAUUUCAUGAUAGAGUGUCAUGGAAUUCAAUUAUCAAAGCUUAUGCUGCUCAUGGGAAAGGCAAGGAAGCUCUAAACGCUUUUCAAUGUAUGGAUGUUCCACCUGAUUCUGCAACAUUUGUUGGUAUUCUUACUGCUUGCAGCCACUGUGGUUAUGUGAAUGAAGGUCGUCAUAUCUUCAACCAAAUGUCCAAAGUUUAUGGAAUCGAACCGCAACUUGAUCACUUUGCAUGUAUGGUGGACAUUCUGGCACGUGCCGGAGAACUUCUAGAAGCUGAGGAACUAAUAAACCAAAUGCCAAUGGAGCCAGAUCCUGUUGUUUGGAGUGCAUUACUUGGGGCAUGUAGGAAGCAUGGGGAGACUAAUAUUGGUAGGAAGGCUGCUCAAAAGUUGUUGGAAUUGGAGCCGAGGAACUCUGUUGGUUUUGUAAUUAUGUCAAAUUUGUAUUGUGCAACAAGGAGCUUUGGUGAUGCAGCAUUUGUAAGAAAAGGAAUGAAAGAAUGUGGGGUGAAGAAGGAGCCUGGUUUGAGCUGGAUUGAGGUUGGAGAUUAUGUACAUGAAUUCUCUGUGGGAGGGCAUCGCCACCCACACAGAGAAGAAAUCUUAGUGGAACUUAGGAGGCUAGUGAUUAAGCUCAAGGAGAUGGGUUAUGUGGCAGAUACUAGAUUAGUAUUGCAUGAAAUUGAUGAGGAGCACAAGGAGGAGCAUUUAUUAAAUCAUAGUGAGAAAAUGGCUGUGGUUUUUGGAUUGAUGAAUUCUUCUUCUAAUUGGGAUUGUCUGAAAAUUAUGAAGAACAUUAGGAUCUGUGAGGAUUGCCAUAAUUUCAUCAAAUUGACUUCAAAAUACGCUGGAAGAGAGAUUGUGGUGAGGGAUUCAAAUCGUUUCCACCAUUUUACAGAUGGCACAUGCUCAUGUGGUGACUACUGGUGACAAAUUUUGGCAGAAAUACUAACAUAAAAGACUUCUCCUUGAUAGAGUGUACAUUUUGUUUAAUUAAUGACAUUUUACUUUUUACUCCUGUGGGAAAGGCUUGUGCUAGCUGGAAAGGUAACUCUGCCCCAAAUUUUAAGCAUUUUUUGCUCUUGUUAUGGUUCCUGAGGAAUGGCACAAACAUAUUUGGUAUAA